CUCUUGGAGGUGUUGGAUUGCAGGUUUAGAGAAAGUGUGUGGUAUGUCUGGUCGCGGCAAAGGCGGGAAGGGACUGGGUAAAGGUGGCGCCAAGCGCCACCGCAAGGUGCUGCGGGACAACAUCCAGGGCAUUACCAAGCCCGCCAUCCGCCGCCUGGCAAGGCGCGGUGGAGUCAAGCGCAUCUCCGGCCUCAUUUACGAAGAGACCCGCGGGGUGCUGAAGGUGUUUCUGGAGAACGUGAUCCGGGAUGCAGUCACCUACACCGAGCACGCCAAGCGCAAGACGGUCACGGCCAUGGAUGUGGUCUACGCACUCAAGCGCCAGGGCCGCACCCUUAGGAUAUCAGCCCCAGAAGAGCAGGCUUCUGUCUCCCUCACUGCUGGAACUUAAUGCCUCACACAAAAGAAAUCAAUCAGUGUUGACAAAAUACUGAACAGAAUCACUUCAGCUGCUCUGAUUUGUUUCUUGUAUCCAUUGCUCCAUUCUCCCUGUCAAGUUUAUGACUUGGGCCUUUGUCCUGUCUCAUCACUAUUAUUUCCCUCUUGGUUCCCUGCCACCAGAGGCAUCUUCCUAACACUGGAGCCAAUCAUGUCAGUCCCUGCUUUUUAUAACUUUUUGUUGUCUGCAAAAUAAAUCUAAAGUUCAUUGUUUGACAUCCAGACACUUUA